ACAGCUAACACAAGAACAUCUGGGAACCUCACACCUGCUAUAAAACUACCAUGGAGAAUUCAACUAAAAUACUGUUUGUUCUACAAGGACUGAAUGAGACGAUGUCAAGCAAACACAAAUAUUUUGUCGUCACUUUUCUCGCUUACCUUUUUACAAUUUCAGUGAACCUGACUUUGAUUGCGACAAUUAUUUUGGAGAAAACGCUCCAUGAGCCCAUGCUUAUAUUUCUCUGUAACUUGUGUGUAAAUGGGAUAUUUGGUGCCUCAACAUUUUAUCCUAAAAUAUUGGUGGACCUUUUAUCUGAAUUGAGUGUUAUUCCGUAUGAAGCUUGCUUGGCCCAAAUUUUUGUAUUAUACAGUUACAUAUUGUGCGAGUUCACGACGCUAACAGUGAUGGCUUAUGACAGGUAUAUCGCGAUAUGCAAGCCGCUCAAUUACCACUCCACCAUCACGCCUCGGAAGAUUGUGAAAUUGCUGCUUUUCGCCUGGCUUUUAUCCAUGAGUGAAUCGGCUAUUGCAGUGAUCCUGAUAGCCAGAUUACCUCUCUGUGGAUUCAAAAUUGAAAAGAUUUACUGCACAGCUUGGGCAGUGGUAAAGCUGUCAUGUGUGGACACCACUAUCAACAACGUAUACGGGUCCAUUAUCACAUUUUUCCAUAUUUCACAAGCAGUGCUGAUCUUAAUUUCUUAUGUUAAUAUAAUAAAAGCCUCUGUGCGAUCACAGGAAGAAUGGAAUAAAUUCAUGCAGACCUGUUUGCCCCAUUUAAUCGCAUUGACCAGUUUCUUAAUCGCAUUCGUUUUUGACGUCAUGUACGCUCGCUAUGGUCCCACCAGCCGUUUCCACACUCUCCGCAAUGCCAUGUCCUUGGAGUACCUCAUUGUUCCACCGCUCCUAAACCCCCUCAUCUAUGGCCUGAGAAUGAAGCAGAUCCGCCGGAGAAUCUUUAGAAUUCGCAGCCAGAAAGUACAUGCUCUGAAAUGAAUAUCGUGUCUACUUAGCUGUUUUUAAUUUUAAUUUUUAAAAUCCGUGCUUUGAAUUUUACAUUUGGAGCUGAUAUUGGUUUUGCUCUGUCUGAGGUACGACCUAAAUCGUCAUUAAGAUCGAUUCAUUUUUCAUGUGAAGUGAUUUUGUUAGCAAACCCUGUAUAGCCUUAAUUCUCUCGCACACACACAGGUAUGUGCCUGGCAGACUGUAGCCUGCACAAUUUUAGGCUCGGCAUUUGCACAAUGAAACUGCUUCAUGGUUAAAAACCGCAAUCCUUGUCC